UAAGCGUAAAGCGAUUUCAUUCCAAUACGGGCCGUGGUGUUCGUCGUGUCUUUUAUUUGUUUCAUAUUUCGUUUGAGAUUAUAGAGCAAAUAUAUUUGAUUUCUUGUGAAGUUACCAAAGUGUAAACUACGGCCUUUUAUUUUAUAUUUUAUAUGUUUUGUAUUUAUACAACUUAGUAUCGAAACAUGGCAGCUCUAACUAAAGGGAUUUUCAUCGUCAGCGCGAAGCGCACAGCUUUCGGAACGUUUGGGGGAGCCUUCAAGAAUACGAAUGCUACACAGCUGCAAACAGUGGCGGCUAAGGCCGCUUUGGAUGCGGCCGGUCUGAAACCAGAUCAGGUGGAUUCGGUUAACAUUGGCCAAGUUCUGGUGCUGUCGUCUUCGGAUGGCGCCUUUCUACCGAGGCACGUAUCGUUGCACUGUGGCAUCCCGAUCGAGAAACCUGCCCUUGGAGUUAAUCGCCUGUGCGGAUCAGGUUUUCAGUCGAUCGUUAAUGGCGCCCAGGAUAUACUGCUAGGUGCAGCUAAGAUUUCGUUGACCGGCGGGGUGGACAAUAUGAGCCAAACACCAUACACGGUUCGGGGUACCCGUUUUGGAAUUCCGCUCGGCGUCAACCCAGCGCUAGAAGAUGCUCUAUGGGUUGGCUUGAGUGAUUCCUUCUGCAAGCUGCCGAUGGCACUGACGGCUGAAAAUCUUGCGGAGAAACAUAAGAUUGCACGGGAAAAAGUGGAUGAGUUUGCUCUCCGCUCCCAGCAGUUGUGGAAGAAGGCUAACGAUGCGGGUGUUUACAAGACUGAAAUUACACCCAUCAAGCUAAAGGUGAAGGGAAAGGAAGUUGAUUUUGCCGUCGAUGAACAUCCUCGUCCUCAAACGACUCUGGAAGGACUGGCGAAACUGCCAGCCUUGUUCAAGAAAAAUGGCGCGGUCACCGCGGGUACUGCUUCGGGCAUAUGUGAUGGCGCAGCUGCUGUUGUUCUGGCUUCAGAGGAAGCCGUCAAACAGCACAAUCUUACACCAUUGGCACGGUUAGUCGCUUACAGUACUGUUGGAGUGCCUCCAGAGAUUAUGGGUAUUGGUCCGGUACCGGCUAUCCAGAAUGUAUUGAAGGUGGCUGGACUUAAGAUGGACGAUAUCGAUCUGUUCGAAAUCAAUGAAGCAUUCGGAGCGCAAGCCUUGGCUUGCGUGCAAGAACUGGGUAUCGAUAUGAACAAAUUUAAUUUGAACGGUGGAGCAAUCGCUUUGGGUCACCCUCUGGGCGCUUCGGGAUCGAGAAUAACGGGACAUUUGGUGCAUGAGUUGAAGCGUAAGAACCUCAAGCGAGCUGUUGGAUCUGCCUGUAUUGGAGGGGGACAAGGUAUCGCACUGCUGCUGGAAUCGGUUUAAAAUUUUUGUUCGAGAGAUAUUAAGAAAAGAGUGCAUUUUUUAUGUUAUCUAU